AUAAAGAAGACAGAGAGAGAAUUUUGAAAAUAUCAUCUGGCAACACUACACCUUAACCUAAAAUCUGAACAAGUAUUCAAGUCAAAACAAAACACAAACAUUUGAAUUUUAAACAUUUUUCUGUCGAUUUUUUGAAAUGAAAAUAACAAAUUGUUACACUUCAUGCAAUUCCAACCAGACGCCAACUAUCGCACAUUGGGGAAGAAAUAACCUAAUUUGUUAUGGAGCCUGCAAUUCUGUAAUAAUAUAUGACCCUGAUUAUGGAAGUGGAGGUAAAAUAAUUGAUACUCUAGUGGGGCACUCUAAACGUGUGAAUUCAGUAAAAUGGCUUGGUGGCAGAAAUGUUUCCUUCGAAACAGAAUUAUUGUCUGCAUCAGCAGAUAGUAUUGUUUGUGUUUGGUCUUCCAAUGGAAAAGUGUACUCAAAAGUAUCAUUAGUGGGACAUAGCUCCAAUGUAAAUAUAGUUGAUGGUUUGUACAAAGAAAAUAAUUCUACUGUUGUUGUUAGUAUUUCAAUGGAUUGCUGCAUCAAAAUCUGGUGGAGGAGGAAUGCUACAGAUAAAUUUAUCUGCAGCCAAACUGUUAAUUUGGGUUACAAUAUAAGUGUUGGAAUUAAACUGUCAUUCUUACCCGAUACUGAUGAAAUUCUGCUUGCUUGUGCUUUGGACAACUCUAAAAUUCAACUGUAUGUGGAGACAUCAGAUGCAGAUUUCAAAAUGGAAUCUUCUUGUCAACUGGCUGGGCAUGAGGAUUGGGUGCGAGGCCUUGACUUCACAGUAGAUGGUGCAGAUCUACUACUUGCUUCAAGUUCACAAGAUAAUUUCAUACGUCUGUGGCGUAUAUCCUCACAACUUGUAUCCAAAGUUCAUUUUGAAACUACUGAAAAAGCUCAGAUCAAAUCUAGGUCAAAGAUAUUCAAUGUUCACCUAGAAUCAAUUUUGACUGGACACGAAGGAUGGGUUUAUUCUGUGAAUUGGAAUCCUAAAAGUUUGCAACUCUUAUCAUCAUCUAUAGAUAAAUCAAUGAUUAUUUGGGAACUCGAUACCGGUUCGGAUGUGUGGCAGGAAAAAUUGAGGGUAGGAGAAGUUGGAGGUAACACUCUUGGAUUUUAUGGAGGCGUAUUUUCACCUAAAGGUGAUAAAAUCCUAGCACACAGUUAUCGAGGAGCUUUUCACAUUUGGAGGGACAGCAAUCAAUCAGAAGGAUGGAUUCCUUGUGUAACAGUGGGUGGACAUUUUUCAGAAGUGGUAGAUUGUGCUUGGGAACCAAAGGGAGAAUUUUUGAUUUCUGUUGGUUCUGAUCAAACUACAAGAAUACAUGGACCAUGGAGAAAAGGAGAUGAAGAGGUUACUUGGCAUGAAAUAGCUCGUCCUCAGAUUCAUGGUUAUGAUAUGACCUCCGUUGCUGUUUUGUCAAGGUAUAAAUUUGCUUCCAGUGCAGAAGAAAAAAUAAUAAGAACAUUUGAUGCACCAACUAAUUUUGCUGAAAAUUUUCAUAGGAUUUGUGGGAUUAAUGAAGACGAAGAAUUAGAUUCCUUAAUCAAAUCUGAGUGUAUGAGACCAAAAGGAGCUUCAGUACCAUCACUGGGUCUAUCGAAUAAAGCUGUGCAUACUGAGGACAACAUAGAAUUGACUAUUCCCUUGGAUAAGAAAAAUCCUUAUCCAGAAGAAUCCCAUUUCACAGCUACAGAUUUGAUAGAACCUCCCACUGAAGAAACACUCAUGCAGAACACCCUAUGGCCAGAGACCAUGAAAUUGUAUGGCCAUGGAUAUGAAGUCUUUUGUUUGGCUGCAUCACCAGAUGGAAAGUAUUUGGCUUCAGCUUGUAAAUCAACUCAACCACAACAUGCUGCUAUUUUAUUAUGGAAUACUUCCAAUUGGAAAUUAAUAACAAAAUUGAUGUCACACAGUCUGACUGUAGUACAACUACAGUUUUCUCCAAAUUCUCAACAUUUACUCUCAGUUUCACGAGACAGGCGAUGGUCAAUUUUCAGCAAGAAUGAAGACUGUGAAUUCACACUUGCAGCUACAACAGAUAAAAAAACUGCUAUACAUUCCAGGAUAAUCUGGACAUGUUCGUGGUCACAUGAUUCUAAAUAUUUUGCUACAGGUGCAAGGGAUGGCAAAGUAAUCAUAUGGACAAUAAACAGAGGAAAAGAAAAAACUUCAGUUCUGGGAGAGUGGGAGAAUUCAGGCAAACCACUGGAAUUCAAAAAUGAAUCUGUAACAGCUGUAUCUUUUGCACCAACUCUAGUUUCUGAGAAGUAUUUGAUUGCCAUUGGUUUUGAAACUGGCAUCAUUCAUUUAUUUGGUUGGUGUCAACAGGAAUGGAAUAAAAUCUUGAUAUUGUCAGACAGUAUGGCUCAUCACCUAACAGUGAAAAAAUUGGUGUUUCGUCCAGUUUUGGGAAGAACAGGAUACAAAAAUUGUGAUGACAAUGUGUUACAACUAGCAAGUUGCAGUUCCGAUACUUGUGUUAAAAUUUUCAAUAUUUAUAUUGACAAAGUAUAAAAAUGUGUUGUUUUAUUUAA